GAAAUAUAUCGUUUCUUGUUCUCGAUCAUUGUGUUGAAAGUUUUUCCUUUCACAAUAAUAUGCUUGAAUAAUUUUUCCAUUCUAGUGUUCAUCAGUUUUCAUUGCUCAGCUGUUGAGGUGACUGACUGAAUUGACGUAUGCUAUUUUUCUAAGUAUUUUUGACUGUAAUAAAGACAUUUGUGAAUUGAAUUUUGAAGCGAAGUGAAAUUGUUAUUAAUUUGUGAACAUAUUUUGUUUUUUUGCUCAAAAUGAGCGAAUUAUCCCAAGAAGAGAUACGAAGGCGGAGAAUUGCACGCCUGGCAGCAUUAGAACGAAAUACAUCACCAUUACCCGUUUCACCGCCAUUAACUCCAACCCCAGGUGCUAACAACAAUAAUAUCGAGACACCAAGUCCAUUAGGACGUACAAAUAGUCAAAACAAUGUAACAAAUGUUGUACAUUCGACAAGUGUUGAUGAGAAAAUAAAUUUGAAUAUAUGUGAUAAAUCACAUGGCGAUCCAGGUAAACCUGGCGAUGAUACUAAUGUAGUGACUGAUGCGAAUAGUGAUAAAUCGAGUACACCAGAAUUGAAUAAUGAUGUUUUUGUUGUACCUAAAACUCCAAUUAUUGAUAAUAAUAAUACGACGUCAUCGAAUUCAUCGAAAAAAAUGUUUGCACAAAAUCGUAGUGAUUCCGAAGCGAGCUCACAUAUGGAGGUGGAUGAAAGUAAUAAUGAAAAAAUGAUUACUACGGAUAUUGAUUCAGGAAUUGAAAAUAUGGAGGUGGAAGAAUCUGAUCCACGUAAGGAACUUGCUCGACAACGAACGUCAUCUUCAAGUACAGAAAUCACCGAAGAGCAAUUACACACUGCCAUUUUUCGUGUUCUUGGUGCGUCAUGGAAAAAAGAAUCCUCUCAUCAAGAAACAGCAUUCAUAUAUUUACCAGAGACUGCAGAAAAUUUCCUAGAACAACAACAAAAUACAACUUCGACGAAUACAAGUUGUUUACAAGAUCUCAUAUCACAAGCUUUAAUGGAAAUGUUAUUGCAAAUUGCAAACGGUUUAACGCCAAAACGUUGUGUCGCUGCAUUUGAACAAAGUGAUAAUAUUAGUUUAAGUUCAACAAGUCCCACACAAAGUCCUUUAACAAGCCCCAUUGAUUUAUGCCCUACUCCAAAUUUUACGCCACCGAAUAACAAUGAACAAUCGCAGAAUCAAACUACACAAGCCGUCGCUAUACAUUAUUUAACAGAUUGUUAUGGUCGAGUUAGUGUUGAAGAGCGUAAUCAUCCAAAGAAAUCAAGCAUACCUCCAUUAAGCGACGUGUUGUAUGAUUUACGUGCUCAAAUUAUUCAAUAUACUUCAUUAGUAUUAAAAGGAUACUUAAUUCCUCUCGAAAAUUCCGAUAAGGAAAACAGUCCUUUGUUAACUCCACUAUUGCAACAAAAAUUACCUCGAGGAUUUAUUAACGAACUUGUAGGUCGCACGUUUACGAACUUGGAAUUAUUUAAUCACAUUUUUACUCCAAUUUUGGAAGGAUUGUUUAAAGUAAUGCUUCAUGCUAAUUUCGUUGAGAAUGAACAUCGUAACCCCAUACAAACGCUCUCCGAUUUAACAGAAAUACGGCCAUUAGGUGGUGGUAAUAUUCGUCCUAUAUGUCGUUUAUUAAUUCAACUCGCAAAUUUUUCACCGGAAACAUCGACCACACAUGCAGUAGGACGCGAAUUGUCUCGUAUAAGUUAUUUAGGACCAUUUUUAUCAGUUUCGGUGUUCGCUGAAGAUGAACCAAAAGUGGCAGAGAAAUUUUUUAGUGGUAGUACAGUAUCUGAUGUGUCGUUAAUACAAACUCUGCAACUUGAAUUAGAAAAUACUCGAAUUAUUUUACAUAAAACGUUUCAUGAUAUAUUAGCGAAUGCAUCGAGUCGUGAUCUCAUGUUACAAUUUGUGGCGAAAUUUCUCAAAGCAAAUGAAAAACGAACACAAUUACAAGUGGAGGAGCGUAUGGUCGCAGGGGAUGGUUUUAUGUUAAAUUUGUUAAGUGUGUUACAAAUGUUAGCGGUGAAAGUGAAAUUGGAUAAAGUGGAUUUAAUGUAUCCGUUCCAUCCGAACACAAUGAUUGAUAUUAAGAAUGAUACUCGAUUAAAGUUCACGUCACAGGAAAUUCAAAAAUGGUUGGAUGAUUUUAGUAAUAAACCAGAUCACAAGUGGACCGAUGCAACAUUCCAUACACAAUGCUGGCAUUUAACAUUAUUAUGUCAUCAUUUAGCAUUAAUACCUGCCUGUACAAAAUAUCAACGUCGUCUUCGUGCGUUACGUGAUUUACAAAAGCUUUUAGACGAGACUACAGCUACAGAAUCACAAUGGCGCGACACACCAUUCGCUUCCCGAUAUAAACAAUCGAUAAAACGUUGGAAGCAACAAAUCAAAAAAUUAAAUAAAUCAAAAGCAUGUGCAGAUGCUGGAUUAUUAGAUCGUAACCUGAUACGACGAACUCUAACAUUCUAUAACACUGUUGCUGAAGCACAAUUAUCGUUAUUAACAGGAUGUCCUGCGGGAAGUACGUUUAAUUUCCAAUUACCGUUAGCUGCAAAUCCACCAGAUUUAUUUUGUGCAUUACCAGAAUGGUAUAUUGAGGAUAUUGCAGAAUUUCUCCUAUUUUCUUUACAAUAUUAUCCUGUUGUGGUUACGGACUAUAUGGAUCAUAUGCUAAUAACUUGGUUAUUAGUGAUAAUAUGUUCGGCCACAUAUAUACGUAAUCCGUACUUAGUAGCAAAAUUAAUUGAAGUAUUAUUUGUGAUACAUCCAGCGAUUAAUGUCCGUACCGAACGAUUAAAUGAACGUGUGUUGGCACAUCCAAUAUCAGAAACACAUUUACCUAGUUCGUUAAUGAAGUUUUACACGGAUGUUGAAACUACUGGUUCCAGUUCAGAAUUUUAUGAUAAAUUCACUAUUCGAUAUCAUAUCAGCUUAAUUUUACAGACAAUGUGGUAUUCAGCCAUACAUCGUGUUGCAAUUGUAAACGAAUCAAAAUCUGGCAAACAAUUUGUAAAAUUUAUAAAUAUGUUAAUGAAUGAUACAACAUUCUUAUUAGAUGAAAGUUUAGAAAGUUUAAAGCGCAUACAUGAGAUACAAGAACUGAUGGCAGACACGGAAGCAUGGUCACGUACAUCACAAGAGCAACAAACCACACGGGCACGGCAGCUAGCGAGUGAUGAACGGCAAUGUAGAUCGUAUUUAACACUAGCCCGUGAAACUGUUGAUAUGUUUCAUUAUUUAACUGUUGAGAUUAAAGAGCCAUUUUUACGUCCAGAAUUAGUUGACAGAUUGGCAUCUAUGUUGAAUUUUAAUUUACAACAAUUAUGCGGUCCUAAAUGUAAAAAUUUAAAAGUAAAAAAUCCCGAAAAAUAUGGCUGGGAACCAAGACGUUUAUUAAGUCAUUUAGUUGAUAUUUAUUUGCAUUUAGAUUGUGAUCAAUUUGCGUCGGCGUUAGCUGCCGAUGAGCGUUCAUUCCGAAAAGAAUUAUUCGAUGAUGCAGCAUUACGUAUGGAACGUUCUCUAAUAAAAACACCAUCGGAAGUGGAACAAUUUCGUGCUCUCGCUCAAAAAGGCUACAAUAUAUUACUUGCCAAUCAACAAUCUGAUGAUUAUCUAGCUGAUGCACCAGAUGAAUUUAGAGAUCCAUUAAUGGACACAUUAAUGUCAGAUCCAGUACGGUUACCAUCGGGUCAAGUUAUGGAUCGCCCUGUGAUUAUGCGUCAUUUAUUAAAUAGUUCAACAGAUCCAUUUAAUCGGCAACCACUUACAGAAGAUAUGUUACAGCCAGUUUUAGAGCUUAAGGAGAGGAUAUCCGUUUGGAAAAAAGAAAAGAAACGAUCAACAUCUUAACAAUAUUCCACAUUUACAUGUUGAUUCAUGAUUCAAAAAUCAUGAUCUCCACAAACAAAAAUUAUUUAAAAAAUUUCGAGAAAGCAAAACAAAAAAAAGUAUAUAUAUAUCGAAUAAAUAUUAAUUAUUAAUAUAAAAUAUUGUCUAUAUUUACAACAAAUCAAAAUUAUUAAAUAUUUGGAUGAUGAUGAUCAUGCGGAAACCACACACGUACACGUUAACACACGUGCGAAUUUCUUUUGUUUUGUUUCAUUUUUUUUUCUCUUUUGUUUUUUUAUAAA